AUGGCCGACGAGCGCUGCCAGCCCCCUGACUCACCACCCCCAUUACCGAAUUUUUUCCACCUCACAUCUGCCUGGUGCCGAGACGAUGGCUUCCAGGUGCCCCUCCCAAAGGUCAGAACUCCCCCUCCAUCUCCAGAGCGGCUGCGUCUGGCUGAUGGCCCCCAUGGCUGUGCCGGCCGGCUGGAGGUGUGGCACGCAGGGCGCUGGGGGACAGUGUGCGAUGACGGCUGGGACCUGCGAGACGCCGCGGUGGCCUGCAGGGAGCUGGGCUGCGGGGGGGCGCUGGCCUCCCCUGGAGGCGCCUUCUUUGGGGAAGGCACCGGGCCGGUGUGGCUCAGCGAGCUGGCCUGCCGGGGCAGUGAGGGACAACUGGGCCUGUGCCCCCACCGUGGCUGGAAAGCCCACAUCUGCUCUCACGAGGAGGAUGCAGGCGUGGUGUGUGCAGGCCAGCGGGUGGCAGCGAAUUCCAGGGAGGAGCCAUCUCCCCACGUGGAGGAGGACCAGUGGCAGGGCCUGUCCCGGGAGGUCGUCCAGGGCUCUGAGCCAACCCCUGCCACUCCUGCCCCCCACAGGGCGGGAAACCCCCAGACCAACAGUGGGUCCCGAAAGAAGAACCCUCGGCCACCCAAGCAGGCCAAAUCCACCAGGGCACCAGUGCUGACCACUGGGGCAGCCCGCCAGGCUUUUUUCCCCUCUCUCUUUCCCACCCGCCUUCUAGGGACCCCCGGCCUGGACUCCAUCUCAGAUCCAUUCAGCUGGAGUUGGAUCCCCGAACUAGGUCGAGAUCAGGAUGCGUGGCUCCCGGGGGAGCUGGCCACUAAGCCCCCUGCCAGGCUUACCACUAGUGCUCCUCAGAGAGUAACCACAAAGGCCCCCCGGAAAAUGCCCAAGAGUACUAAGAAGUGGGCGACUAAAAACGCAAAGAGACCGACCACUCCAUCUCCACCGAUGCCAACCACUAAACCUUCCAGGGCCCUGGGCACCCCAAGUCCCCCUGAAGUGACCUCACGGGCCACCACAACCCAGACCACCGACGUCUCCCAACGACCACCCUCUGAGUUUACCACGAGGCUGAGCACGGAGGGCCCCAGCAGACUGACCUCACAUCCCACGGAAACCCUUACGCCCCAGGCUUCCCAGGAAGUGACUUCUGAGGCCAUGGCCAUGCCGGCCACUCAGGGCCCCCGUGAACUGACCUCGGAGGCUGGCAUCAAGCAGAUCCCUCCGGCCUCGGUGGAGCCAUCCUCUGAGACCCCAGCAGAGGGAUCACCACAGCCCUGGACUGAGGUCUCCCCCUCCCCCACCGACACCGUCCCCGGGGAAGCAGGCCCCUUCCUGGUUCGUCUGGCCGACGGACCUAACCGGUGCGCCGGCCGGCUGGAAGUGUGGCACGCCGGACGUUGGGGGACUGUGUGUGACGACAACUGGGACCUGCGGGAUGCCACCGUGGCCUGCUGGGAACUCGGCUGUGGAAGGGUCCGGGCCCGAGUGGGCAAAACUCACUACGGCCCAGGGACCGGGCCCAUCUGGUUGGACGAUGUGGGCUGCAAGGGCACCGAGGCAUCGCUCAGCGACUGCCCCGCCGGCACGUGGGGUCGACACAACUGUGACCACGAAGAAGACGUGGGGAUCAUGUGCACUGGAUACACAGAUGAGGAGGAUUAUCCUCCCUGGACCUGGGACCCCACCUCGGGAGAGGACUUGGCCAAAGGGACCGUCGCUGCCAAGGCACCUGGACAAACUGCCACCUGGAGCACCACCAGGAGCUCUCAGGCUCCGACAGCAACGAGCCACCUUCCGGACACAGGUGACAAGGCCGAUUAUGAAUUUUCCUGGACGUGGGACACAUCUUCUAGAGAGGCCUUGGCCCAAGGGACCCCUACCACAGACCUAUCUGGUCUCACUGGUACCACCAGGAGCCCAGGUGACCGAGUUCCCACUCCAAGGGUCCCAGGUAACACAGGCUCCUUCGCGAAGAAGCCAUGGCCGGAGCGCCGACUGCGACCCACAGUGGUCAGGACAGAGCCCCCCACCCGUCCCCCAACUCCCCCCACCUCCCCGAGGCCUCCAGGACCGCCGCUGACCCCUCACUCCACCCGCCAGGUGACCUCUGAGCCAACAGCUUCCAGGCGCGAAAUCACCUCCUUCGUUCCUGACACUUCCCCACCAACCCUUGACCCUGCCUCCUGGAUGAACCCUGACCCCCCGUCCACGCCUCCUAACCUUGCUCUGUCCACUCCCGACCCCACUGUGGUUUCAGACCUCAUCCCAGAACUCCCACCCACCUCACCACCCACUCUGCCCAAAGAGCCAACCUCUGACCCAUCAGCACCUGCUGAGGUGACCAGCGAGCACCUUACCUCCAGGCAGAUCCCAGAAUCUCACACAACCCCGGGCUUGGACACAACCUCAUACCUUGCCACCACCUCAGGAUCUUCUGGGUCCCCAGACCCCUUCUUCACCCCUCACACCCUCACCCCCAUUCCUCACUCCACCGUGAACCCUCACCCCACCACUCACCCUCACCCCACUACUCACCCUCACCCCACCACUCCUAGGGCUGGCCCCACCAUGACCCCCUCUCCCACCACAACUUCUGACCCCAUCACAAGCUCUGUGAUCACCAAGUCCCUUCCAACCUCUUUGGGGACAGAGUUUCCCUCUACCACUCCAGCACCGGUGGUCAAGCCCACCCUAUUGCCCCAGUUGACCUCUACAGGAGCCAUUCACCCCUCCACACUCCAGGUGCAGAAUCUCAGCCCUUCUCCAGCCUCAGUUUCCAGCCCCUUCAAGCCUCCUCCAGUCCCAAGCAGGGACCCACUGCCCACUGAAGACUUCAGACCACCUAGAAGCCAGAGCCCCACGCUAACCUCCCCACCUACACAGACCCCACUCUCAGCCUCUGGCAUCACCGUGAGUCCUGACCCCCACCUCAUGGCCCAUCCCUGGGAUCAGCCUUCCCCUGACAGCCUCUCGAUAGGAUCUACCCCUGGUCACAGCCCAGACCCCCUUGGCCCAUGUGUGGUCCCCACACCUCCUGUGAAGGUCAUGGCUUGUGAGCCACCUGCUCUGGUGGAGCUGGUGGCCGCUGUGAGAGACGUGGGUGUCCAGCUGCAGCAGCUGACCCAGGUCCUAGAGCGAGACCAACAAGAGCGCCAGGCCUUGGGGCUGGGGCUGACCCAACUGAUGGAGGCCACCAAGGGUCUGGGUCAGCUGGGUGAGGCUGUGAAGAGACUGGCCGAGGUGGCCUGGGCCCCCAGCACAUCCUCACCAACUACCACCACCCAAGAGGAGGAGGAGAGGCCCCUGAGGGGAGAUGUAUGACUCUCUGGGAUGGGGGUGGGUGGGUUUGAUACCCACCAUGCCACUCUUGCCACUUACAACCCAAACCAACUAACACCAACAACUCUAAAUAAAAAUAUGCCAAUGAUGGAUUCUGGGGC